GGACGUUGGUAAAUCCUAUCUUGUCUCUAAAUUUGCCAAUGAUGAUUUUGAAAAGGGAGAAUAUAAAGACACUUUGCAUGUAUAUGCCACAACUACGCUCAUUCCGUUAAAUAAUUGCACUGUCAAAGUAGAAUUUUUAGAAACAGGUAUUAACAAA